AAUGUCAAGAAUAAGUGAAUAACUUCAAAAUUAAAAAGAGCGAAAUAGGUAAAGCAUACUUCUCCUCUUCAACGAGGGAGAUGCCCACAAAGCUUCAAUCUUGGAAUCAAAGUCGUCAGAUUGAAUGAGCCACAGCGCUCGUUAUCAAGACAACGUAGUUUCCUUUCUCCCUUAUCUUCCCUCUUUAUUGAAAGCGUUGUUGAUGCCGUAAGCUAAACAGCAGUCUAACAAGCAUUCUCGUCCUCAAUGCAUACACAUGAAACUAACAUGGCGAGAAACAAAAUCAGUAUCACCUCUGGCGAAUCUUCUAUGCCAACGAUUCACAUCAACUCCAAACUCCAAGGAGUCAAUUUCAAUCAAACUCAAAGAGAUGGUCUCGAAAGGACUUUAUGGCCAAGCACUAGUUUUCUACAAAAAAGAUCUCCAUUGCGCAGGUCUCCAUGAAAACUCCUUCGUUAUCCCUACAAUUAUCAAAGCUUGUGCUUCUUCCUUUGAUUACUAUGACUUUGGCCUUCAAUUACAAAGCCUUGUUCUUAAAUCAGGUUUGGACUACGAUCCCAUUAUCUCUAAUGCCUUCAUUUCCUUUUAUGCUAAAUCUUUGGAUGAUGUUGAACUCGCACUUAAGGUGUUUGAUAUAAUGCCUAUUAGAGAUACCAUCUCAUGGAAUUCGAUCAUAAAUUGUUGUAUACGAAAUGGGUAUUUCACUAAAGCAUUUGAAAUGUUUAAGGAAAUGUAUAAAUUUGGUUUUGUACCAAAACCUGAGUUGAUUGCUAGUGUUAUAUCGACUUGUGUAGGAUUAGGAUAUUUGAAACUAGGAAGAGUCAUUCAUGCUCUUGCUAUUGUUGAUGAGAGGAUUGAGGAGGAGGUUUUUCUUUUAACUUCUUUAGUUGACUGGUAUAUUAAGUGUGGUGAUUCGUCUAUGGCUUUAAGCCUGUUUGAUAGAAUGAAAGUGAAAAAUGAAGUUUCCUGGACUGCCAUGAUUUCAGGCUGCAUUGCAAAUUUGGAAUAUGACAUGGCCAUUGAUUGUUUUCGGGCAAUGCUUAUUAGUAGGAUUAGACCUAACAGAGUAACAUUGAUUGGGAUUUUACCAGCUUGUGCUGAGUUAGGUUGUGUUAAGCAUGGGAAAGAAAUUCAUGGAUAUGCAUUACGUCAUGAAUUCAAUUUGGAUCAUCAUUUCUGGUCCUCGCUUAUUCCCGUAUAUUGCAGAAGUGGGGAUAUAUCUCAGUCUGCCAGGCUUAUUUUCGAGAGGUCAAAAGUUAAAGAUGUUGUGAUGUGGAGUUCAAUUAUUGGGAGCUAUUCUCGAAAUGGAGAUGGCAUUGAAGCUAUGGAGCUCUUUAGGCGGAUGAGAGGGGAAGGAGUUGAGCCAAAUUCUGUGACUCUAUUGGCAGUAAUCACUGCCUGCACAACCUUGACUUCACUUAAGCAUGGAAAUGCAACUCAUGGCUACAUUAUGAAAUGUGGCUUGAACUUUGAUAUUUUCAUUGAGAAUGCACUUAUAAAUAUGUAUUCAAAGUGUGGUUGUCUUAUGGCUUCGCAUCAAGUUUUCAAAGAAAUGCAUAAGAAAGAUUUAGUGUCAUGGAGCACAUUGAUUGCUGGUUAUGGCUUGCACGGUUAUGGUGAAGAAGCUUUAUAUCUUUUUUGUGAGAUGCAAGAGAAAGGGGUAGAACUGGAUGCAAUCACCUUCCUUUCUGUUUUAUCAGCUUGCAACCAUGCUGGCCUUGUCAAAGAGGGACAACAGAUUUUCAAUAAUGUGAAGAAGGAUGGGAAAAUUCCACUAACUAUGGAGCAUUAUGCUUGCCUGAUUGAUCUUCUUGGAAAAUCAGGGAAAAUUGAUGAUGCUUUUGACAUCUUGCAAACGAUGCCCAUGAAACCUAGUGCAACAAUAUGGAGCUCUUUGGUGUCUGCUUGUAGAACUCAUGGAAGAUUGGAAAUUGCAGAAAUACUAGCACACCAGCUUAUAAAAACAGAACCUGGAAAUGCUGCUAACUAUACUUUGCUGAGUAUGAUUUAUGCUGAAUCAGGUAAGUGGUCUGGCGUAGAAGAGGUGAGGAGACUUAUGACACUUCAGGGACUAAAUAAACGCUCUGGACAUAGCCAGAUUUCAGUAGGAAAUUACAACUCUACUUUGUUUCCAAUUUAGUUGUACAGUUCAGUAAGCCGACAUUUCUUAAGACACCGGAAUUUUAAAAACUAUAUAUAUAUAUAUUUUUUAAAAAGUGGGUGAGAAGAAGACGAGCAGAAUUGAUUUGUACGUGAAGAAAAGUACACAAAGUCUGUAUGAAAUAAAAUGUAUAUUCUUUCCCUCUUAUUCAGCAA